AUAGCUGUCGGAGAAGGAGGGUUGUGUGAAAUUCUCUUUGGAGAAAGAACACACUCAAUCCUCAUUGAUGUCUCUGUAGAUCAGGACAUAAGAGAGUAUGUGAAGUGGUUCUUCCGCCAAGCAAUCGAUGCUGUACGGCUCACAACAACGGAACGGCUGAAGCUCUUCAAGCACUUAGACAGGGACAAAGCGGAGAAGUUUGAGAACGCGCUGUUCCCUCGUGCUUUCGUUAUUGGAAAGUCUGACUGGAAUAGCACUGAAAAUGCAACCAUGACGUAUCGUGUUAAAAAUGGUUCACCUUCACCAUCGAAGAAAAAUGGAGCCGUCAUAAUCAUUCGGAUGCAUCAGGGAAAGUUCAACAUGAUUCGUUGCUUCGAAAAUGUGAACGAAAAAGGCAGAACACAGGUCUUCGUAUCGUGCAAUCAUCGAAUGCCUCAUAAGGAACCGCGAAUGUUAUUGAACCGGAAUCUUCCAUGGAGCUGGCGCCUUUUGGACAAAGAAAAAGAAUCGGAAAAUGAAGAGCCCGCUAGUAGCCAAGAGGCCGAGCUGGUUUUCAAGGAUGUGAAUUGCGGUCUACGUAUGGUGAAUUUGUUAACGUUCGAUGGAAGGGAGUUGAGCUUGACGAAUGGAUAUGAUGCUCCUCAGUGGCUAGUGAUGAAACCGAUUUACUGCAUUGCAAUUGGCGUGACGAAAGAGGUGCGAGUAGCGUGUGACUCUUUCAUAAGGAGGUUAAACGACGAAGAGUCAGCUGUUAAUGAAUUGACCUACUCGUUGGAAAUUGUGGACAAAACUUGGACGGCGGACUAUCGGGCUUCAGAUGACUUUGACACGAGCGAAGGCGAGCUUAGUGUUCAAGGAUGGCCUCGG